GAUCUGGCUGCUGCUGACAGAGCAAAGAGACAAAUCCAACAAGAACGAGAUGAACUGCAGGAUGAGAUCAAUAGCCAGAAUGCCAAGAACUCACUGAGCAGCGAUGAGAGGAGGAGACUGGAGGCACGUAUUGCUCAGCUUGAGGAGGAACUUGAGGAGGAACAUCUCAAUGUGGAACUGGUCAAUGAUCGACUGAAGAAAGCGACACUGCAGGCUGAGCAGGUUACAGUGGAGUUGUCUGCAGAGCGUGGUAAUAGCCAGCGUCUGGAGGGUUUGCGCUCUCAGCUGGACCGUCAGAACAAGGACCUAAAGCAGAAGCUUCAGGAUUUAGAGGCAACUGUGAAGAGCAAGUACAAGUCCACUAUUGCUGCUCUGGAGGCCAAGAUCCCACAGCUCGAAGAGCAGUUGGAUAUUGAGAUGAAGGAGAGGCAGCAGUCCACUAAACAGGUGCGGCGUAUGGAGAAGAAACUCAAAGAGAACUCGCUGCAGGUUGACGAUGAGAGACGCAAUGCAGAACAAUUAAAAAAUGAGAUUGAGAAGCUGAACACUCGUAUGAAGCAGUUGAAGAGGCAGCUAGAGGAGACUGAGGAGGAAGCGGCUCGAGCUAACGCCUCCCGCAGGAAGCUGCAGAGAGAGCUGGAUGAUGCCACAGAGUCUGCUAAUCUUAUGAACCGAGAGAUCAGCACCCUAAAGAACAAACUCAGGCGGGGAGAUUUCACUGUCAACGUACGUCGUACAGCUGGACGCUCGGGUGUGGAUAGUGAUGAGGAGAACAGUCUAAAAAGUGAUGGGUCGGAGCCAACUCCUGAGUAAAUUUCAGCGUAUCAAAGCUGAGCCUAUGGGUAUUACAGAUGAGGAUCUAUUAUUUGCCACCAAGUUUGUCAUUUAAAUGAAAUUUGUAUGCUUUGAGGGCAACUGUAUCCUUAAUCAAAAUCUCAUGUCAAAAUCUGCUUUAAAACAUUGAACAUUUUCACUGUUUUAAAGCAGAUU